AUGUUAAAAAAUAUAUUACUUAAUAAAAUAAAUACAAAAUUUAAUAAAGGUUUGUAUGUUCGUCAUUUUUCUAUAUUAGAAAGGUAUAUAAGAGCAAGACCAUAUUCCAAUGAAUUAAAAAUAAAUGAAGAAAGUGUAAAUGAAGAAAUAAAAGAUGAAAAUAAAAAAAAAGACAGUAAAUAUUAUCCACCAAAUAUAACAAGAGGAGUAAUACCAAAAAGUGCAUAUAUGAAUAUAUGGAAAAUACCAGAACAACCUGAAAAUCCUAAAUUCUUAAAAAUUGCCUUAAUUGGUCCCCCUAAUGCAGGAAAAAGUUCUCUCUUAAAUUCUAUUUUGAAUAAAACAAUUUCAGCAGUUUCUCCAAAAAUUAAUACAACAAGACAAGAUAUAAAAGGAAUAUACACAAAAGAUAAUGUACAAUUAAUUUUUAUUGAUGCUCCUGGUGUUAUUCCUUCUCACAAAAAAAAAAAGUUUUGUAAAGAAUUAGUUAGUUAUGCCUGGAAAGGAUAUGAAGAGGCAGACUUAGUUUUAUUUAUUGUUGAUACUGUGAAAAGACCAACAAAUGAUAUUAUUAGUAUUGUUAGAAUGUUAGCACCCAAACGAGUGGACACAGAUAGUAGUGAAAGUGAAGAAGAAAAUAAUGAGUAUGAUAGUGAAUGUAACAAUUAUAGAGAAAAUUUGAACGAAAAUAAUAUAAAUAAUUAUAAUGAAGAAAAUAUAGAAGGAAAUGAAAAAAAACAAAAUAAUAAUGCUAUUUCAAAUAAUCAAAAUCAUGAGGAUAUUUUUUUAAAAGAAAAAGAUGAAAAUAAAAAACUAGAAGAAAAAUUUAUAAAAUAUUUUUCAGGAAAAAUGCAAAAUGAUUUAAAUUACAGUGAUAAAAGCAUUAAAGAAAAUAUAUUUGAUAACAGAAAAAAAAUAAUAGAAUCUUAUUAUGACACACAAAAUAUAAAUAAAAAUGAAAAAAAAGUUAUUCCUCCAGUAAUUUUAGUUCUAAAUAAAGUAGAUUUAUGCACACACAAUAAAUGGGCUAAUGCUAGAGCAAAAGAAUUUAUGAAUAAUGGAGAUUUUGAUAACAUCUUUUUUAUAUCUGCAAAAUAUAACAAAGGAGUUGAAGAAUUAUUAGAUUAUAUUAUAAAAUAUAAGGCAAAAAAUCAUCUUUGGAUAUAUCCAAAAGAUACUAGUACAACUUUAACAAAAGUGCAAAUUGUUGAACAAUUGAUUAAUACUUAUUUAUAUUGUUGGUUUAAUAAGGAUGUUCCAUAUAAAAUUAAACAUCAUAUGUUAUCGUGGUGUGUAAAUUUAAAUAAUUGUUUAAUAAUAGAAUAUCAAAUUAUUGUAAAAAGUGAAAAAGUAGCUAAAAUGAUUUGUGGUGUUCAUAAUAAACUAAUAAUUAAUAUGAGAAAAAAUGUAUCUUACAAAUUAACUAAAUUGUGGGGAAAAAAUGUUUAUGUACAUAUUCAUGUAAAAUCUGUUAAUGUUUAA